AUGUUGCGCAACAACGUAAUGUCCUUCAUGAAGAAGAUGGGAAUGACGCAACAAGAAGCUGGUGCAUCAGUUACGCCGGAGGAAAGUGGAAAAACCUUAAGCAAGAUAUUGCAGCUGGGAAACAUCAUAACAGCAGGAAAUGUGACGAAGCCGGCCAAGGUCACACCGGUGGACGACAUUCAGCCCAAAGAGGAUUCCUCAAUAAUUGAAUCUUUGAAACCAAAAUCAGAAGCGGGCGGCAAGAUAAGCAGUGGAGACGACUGCAGAAUAUGCCGGAAGUCGUUCAGCCCCGAGGAAGUCUCACGAAUUUGUUGCGAGUGUCAACAUAAAGUCUGCGAGGACUGUGCCUCGUAUUCGACGACAACGAAUUCCGACGAUUUGUCUUCCUGGACAUGUAGCGUUUGCCGUCGAAAGAUCGCCUCGAGGGACCAACCGAUAGUGACACAAGAAUCCACAGAUUCGAUGCUAGAUGUGCCGUGCUUGGAGGCUCUUCACAGGAGACACAGUGACGCCCGACUUGGUCCCACCGGAAGUCAGAUAGGGACACUAGGAAGUGGAUUGGCCCCACCGAGAAGUCCGGAAAUUCGAAGACACUCCGAUGUUUCGCCAGCUAGUCUCAAGGAAUUAGAGAAGUUUCGAAAGGUUGCAGGAGAACGUCAGAGAGAGGAUCUCAGAUGGGAGCGUGACCUGGACCGGAAAAGCAAGUCGAGGGGUGGCUCACCCGAUCGCCAUCAAGCCUCUGAUAGAGGGAGAGCGACCAGCCCUCAGAGAGUCAUGCCGGCUCAAACGGGCGUGAUUGAGCAGGAAGGCGGUGAUUUGGAUGAUGAAGAGGAACGUCGACGUCGCGCUCGUCGCGGAGGCGGUACAGUUCGUCGCAAAUCUCGCGUGACCCGGCAAAGGUCGUACGACGAUGAAAUCAAAACAGCGGCUACGAUGGCCACCGGUGGAGUACAACCUACGCAUCCUGACACUGGCCUAGGACUUCCGGUUCAAUUACCAAGACGAGCGUCCGCCUACGACGUUUACGCAGUACCUGGAAGUAGCAGUCUUAAUGCGAUGGCUAUCGCCGCUGCUCAACAAAGAGCCUCUAUUUCAGCGCAAGGCACCCGAGAACCUGAAGAACGAUCUCGCAGAUCCUCUUUCCGCGCUGUGAAACCAGUGAUGCCGUACGACGCGGCCGACGACGAGAAGAUGAUUAAGCUAGACUCAUCAUCUGCACCUGCGGUACCGCCUGUGUCCCAACCCGUUCUUGUACCCGAUGAAGAAAGGCGCAAUCGACGAAGAGGUUCCCAAUUACCUGACAUAAACGCGAUAAGAGCGUUAACUUCGGCUCAACCAGGAACAGUAAAAGGUGGUCCUGCGGCUGUUGUUAGCAGAGUUGCUGCUGAAGAACGCGAAUUGCCUAGACAGGGAAGUCUAGUCGAUGGGGAAGGUAUCAAGAUUGUUAUUCAUGACGUCGACAGUGAUCCUGCUCCACGAAUGAAUGCGAAGAGGAGGGUAAAGCUGAGAAGAGAUCCGGUUACAGAUAAGGGACACAGAACGCGUGGAUUUGGCAUGAGGGUGGUAGGCGGCAAGACUGGGUCGGACGGGCGCACCUUCGCGUGCAUCGUAUGGACUGUGCCGGGUGGUCCCGCCGAGAAAGCGGGCUUACAACAAGGUGAUAAGGUAUUAGAAUGGUCCGGUGUAUCUUUGAUCGAUCGGAGCUUCGAAGAGGUACAACAAAUAAUCGAAAGGACCGACGACGUGGCAGAAUUAGUGGUAGAGCAUGCAACCGAAAUUACCGGAGAUUUGCUGGACGAUCCGCAAUCCGGAAAAACACCUACAAAUUUGGGCCUGUUGAUGGAAACCGAAACGGAGAAAGCGCCCUCGUCGCCGACGCGCAGGAAACUGCCAAAGACGCCGGAACAAAUAGCGAAGGAGAGGCAGGUGACCGGUCGAAUACAAAUCCAGGUUUCGUACGAGGCAGAACGUAAAGAAUUGGUUGUUUCGGUUUUUAUGGCCGACGACUUAUGUGUGCGAGAAGACACCGGAUUCGGCACCUUGCCGGAAGCUUUUGCUAAGCUUAUCCUUGCUCCUCCAUCCGGCGAAGCAACUCCGUUGAAAACUAUUGUAGCUGAGCCGACCCAGAAACCUAUUUGGAACGCUACAUUGUUCUUUACUGGAGUUGAUGGUGAGAGCCUGAUGGAACGUGCGAUCGAGGUGACUCUCUGGGAUUACUGUCCCGAUGGCGAUAAUGUGUUUCUUGGCGAGUGCACUGUCGAUGUUCAGCGAGCACUUGAAAAUGAUAGAGCGGUUUGGUAUCGAUUGGAAGAUCCACGUGGGCUUCGAACUGGCAAAUCGCCAUAUUGCUCUCCGCGCGGCUCCGUAUCAAUGGAGGUCGCCCAGAGACUGUUUAGGAAGGAACUGCGAGAUCGGAGCUACAGCGAUGAUACGCAGAGUGAUAGCGGUAGCCCGGAAUUCUGCUUCCUGCAUCCAGAUCAUGCUUGGCACGCCAAUUCCAGACGCGGUUCCAGCCAGUCCGAGCAACUCGAGGUUGAGCCGUAUGAGCUCAACCGGGAUUAUAGCAGAUCCCUGCCGGGUAGCCGCAGAAGCAGCUUCCAAAGUCAGGGCGGCACUGAUAGUAAACGUGGAAGUAUGGGUGAAGCCGAUAUGCCUGCUAUAGUGCACUACAAUCGCGAUCGGCGGCGAAGUUCGUUCACCAGACCGAUGAGGGAUCCCGAGGAGAUUCUGGAAGGUCUGCGAGCGUUGAAGGCAACUAAGGGUGAGCUCAGCAGGACCAUGAGUCUCUCCGGUGACAAGAGACGCGGCAGUCGGCGGGGUGAGCGCAAAGACAGCGUUAUGGAGAUUCCUGAGAGAUUUUACGAUCGAAAUAGCGAAUCCGACGAAGACGAGAAAUGGAGUCAGUCAGCGAGAAAUGAAAAUGGCGUCGAUUUGAAACUGGGUCGCGGACAGUUGCUGCCGAAAGGAUUCAAAAUAAUCAGUGGAGCACAGAACGGCGAAGUACAGCUAGGUUUCUAUCUAUGCAAGGGAACUCUCGAGGUCGAAGUUAUCUGCGCGAGGGAUAUUUGUCCCGAGGAGAAGGAGGAACCAGACACUUACGUGAAGACGUACUUACGAGAACGAGACGGCGAUAAGUGGCUGCAGAAGCGCAAAACCCGCGUGGUGCGACACUCGAAGACUCCGCAGUAUCGGCAGACGCUGAAAUACGGACGCUGCGACACUCUACAGGGCAGGCACUUACUGGUGAUGCUCUGGGAGAAGAAGCAAGCCUUCGAGAGCAACCAGGGGCUGGGCGGCGCCGAAGUGGAUCUCGAUGUGCUGCCACCGAAGGAAUUCAUCUUCGAUUGGUAUCCGCUCUUCCCGAUCCACACCCUCGGCACGCACAACGCAGACUCACCAUGAUGGUUAAGGGAAAAAUGGGCCCUCGAGGCUGGCGAGCUCGACCUCAGAUUGAGCCUUUUGCUCAAGGACGAGGACGAGCCCGUCGUCAAGAUCAUCUCUUGAUGGAAAUCGUGGCUGAUUAUGUGGCAUCGUUGGCUGGAUCGAAUUCAAUGCAAUCUCUACGAUCUACGUGAGAUAACAGUAUUCUGUAUUAUUACAAGUCCUUGAGUGUAGCGACGAGGCUCACGUUGUUCCAGAAGGCAAAUGAAG